AUGGCAGAUCCCAUCCGCUGGGCCCGAUACCGUUGGCAGAGACUGAUAUCUACAGAGGGCGGAGAAGGUAGCAGCAGCUGUCAUUCAAGUAACAAAUGCUAUCAAUCAUCAAAAACUAUUGGCAAACAUAGGAUAGUGAUACCCUGUUUGGGCCAUUUUAAGGAAGAGUAUGAAAAAGUAUCAAAACUGUACAUGAACAACAAAAUACGGACUACUAAGUAUACUUUAUUGAAUUUUUUACCACGGAAUUUAUUUGAACAAUUUCACAGAGUUGCCAAUUUGUAUUUCCUGUUUCUAGUUGUCCUAAAUUGGGUUCCUCUGGUUGAAGCCUUCCAAAAAGAAAUUACAAUGCUACCUCUAGUAGUGGUUCUGACAAUUAUUGCAGUGAAAGAUGGUCUGGAAGAUUACUCUAAGUAUAAAAUGGAUAAACAGAUAAACAACUUACUAACCAAAGUAUAUAGCAGGAAGGAGAAGAAAUACAUGGAUGAAUGCUGGAAAAAUGUCAAUGUUGGGGACUUCAUCCGGCUUUCACGUAAUGAAAUCAUUCCUGCCGACAUGGUGCUGUUAUAUUCUAGUGACCUGGAUGGGAUCUGUUACAUUGAAACGGCAGGCCUUGAUGGAGAAACCAAUCUAAAGCAGAGGCAGGUGGUGAGAGGAUAUUCAGAGCAGGUCUCCGAAAUUGAUCCAGAAAAAUUUUCCAGUAGAAUAGAGUGUGAAAGUCCAAACAACGACCUCAGUUGCUUCCGAGGCUUUGUUGAGCAUUCAAACAAGGAUCGAGUGGGCCUCAGCAAGGAUAACUUACUGCUCCGAGGAUGCACAGUGAGAAACACAGAAGCUGUUGUAGGCAUAGUGGUUUAUGCAGGUCAUGAAACCAAAACUAUGUUGAAUAACAGUGGCCCUCAUUACAAGCACAGUAAAUUGGAAAGGAAAGUGAACACUGAUAUUCUUUGGUGUGUUCUGCUUCUAAUUUUGAUGUGUUUAACUGGUGCAAUAGGCCAUGGAAUUUGGUUAAGCAGGUAUUCAGAAAUACCUUUUUUAAAUAUCCCUGAGCCAGAUGGGAAAACAAUUCCUCCAGCAUUAGCAGGGUUCAAUAUGUUCUGGACGAUGAUCAUUUUAUUACAGGUCUUGAUCCCAAUUUCUCUCUAUGUUUCAAUUGAAAUUGUCAAACUGGGACAAAUUUAUUUAAUACAGAAUGACAUCGAUUUUUACCAUGAGAAAACAGACUCGACAAUUCAGUGUCGAGCACUGAAUAUUGCUGAAAACCUUGGCCAGAUUCAGUAUAUCUUCUCUGACAAGACUGGAACCCUCACUGAAAAUAAAAUGGUUUUUCGGAGAUGCAGCAUUGCAGGACACGAGUAUUGCCACGAGGAAAAUG